CUCAAUAAUUCAUAAGCACUGUCUCAAAACGCCCUGUUCUAAGACUGCUCUCACUGUGACGUAGAAUUGAGCUAAGCCCCACCGACGUGGUUUGAUUGACAAUCUGGUUUUGGCAUAGAGCCCGCCCUCCGUGAUCUGUACACCAUCCUCCAUUGUUUCAAAGACAGCCGGUAAUGUCUCCUAAGAAACAUAAGUGUUCUGUUGUGGGAUGUAAUAAUGAACAUAGUAGUUUUCACUUACUUCCGACAUCAGAGCCACUGAAAACGCAGUGGAUGGAUUUUAUUUAUGAAGGAAAGGCGCCACUCAAAAUUCCAAAAUACGUUUAUGUUUGCGCGAAUCAUUUUUUUCUGACUGUUUUUGAGAACGAGGGUCAAUUCAAAGCAGGUCUUGCUUCAAAGUUAAUCCUCAAGUCUGGAUCGUUGCCUACUGUUCGCGAUGCAACGUCACCUUCAGAAGAAGCCAGCACAUCGACACGAAGCUGUAGAACGAGGGAUAUUGGCGUGCAGACAGAAACAUCAAAGCUAUGCAGUGUUGGUACACAACUGUCAAUGAGGACGCUUCAAACACACCACAGGAGUGUCUGUGUCCAGACAGAGACAACAUUGUCAAGUUUUGAUGUUAGCACAAAAUUAGUUUCUCAUACAGCUGUUGCGUCUUCCACGCCCCUCAAGACUUCAUCAAAAAGACCUUGUCUGGACCUUGAGGAAGAUGAAGAUACCCUGCAGGAAUGCUCUUCAAUACUAACAUCACAAGAGACUGAUGUCACAUUUAAUCCUGCAGAGGCAGACACAUCAAUAACAGAGCCCAAAGACUUGUCAGCUCAAGAAUCCAGCCCUAAUCAAAACAUUUGUAAAUAUAUUGUCUAUGAGACCUGCAUCAUGGAACUGUUUGAUGUGUGCCCGGUAUGUCAUAGAAGCUGUCAUAUAAGAUCACAAAGGAUUGGAACAUUUCUACGUGUUGAACAACUCUGCCACCAUUGUCAGUUCUCACGGAAAUGGAACAGUCAGCCGAUUUUGGGCAGUACUCCAGCUGGAAACCUUCACCUUUCUGCUGCUGUGUAUCUCAGUGGUGCUUCAUUUUUCACAAUUGAAAAGAUAUUUGCAGCUAUGAAGUUACAUCUUUUCAAGUACGACACCUUUCGUCGUCAUGCACGAAUGUGCAUUGAGCCUGCUAUUGUUUACAAAUGGAGAAACUGGCAGGAUGAGAUGCUACAGCUGUUGGCUCAAAGGGAAAAGUCAUUGUUGGAGGAGAUAUGAGGGCUGACUCACCAGGGCACUCUGCCAAAUAUGGCAGUUACACAAUGAUGGACCUGGAGACAAACACCGUUGUUGAUGUACAACUCGUCCAGAGUAAUGAAGUGGGAGGAAGUUACCACAUGGAAAAGGAAGGUUUGAAGAGAGGUCUUGACUUUUUGGAUGCUCAUGGAGUGACUCUGGACUGCAUUGUGACUGACCGACAUCCGCAAAUACAAAAAUUCCUCAGGGAACGCAAUGUCAACCAAUUCUAUGAUGUCUGGCACAUAGAGAAAGGAAUUUCAAAGCAGCUGGAAAAAGUGUGCAAGCUAAAGGGUUGUGAGAAAAUACGUAAAUGGUUGCAUAGUAUAAAAA